UGUAUUAUUUACAUUUUUCUGUAAAAAGAAAAUUAUGUGUAAUUUAGUGAUAAAAUAAGAUGGAUGUUGAAAAAGUAAAUGUAGAAAACCUAAAUCUAAGGAAAAUCCAGGGGAAACUCUUGCAAUGGGAGACCAAAUUAGCUCCUUUGACGUCAGAACAGACAGAUUUACUCUAUGCAAUUAAUCAAGUUGGAGUAAAUGAAAAUGACUCUGACGACACUCCAAGAGUUCCUGAAUCGUCCAAAUUCUCCCCCGAAGUUGACGCCUAUUCGCAGAUUGUGGAAAACCACCGCAGCAUAGACUCCUUGCAAGAGUUCCUGGAGCUCUAUAAUCUCGCCGAAAUGGAAAUGGAGAACUUGGAGGAUCAACUUUACCUGGAUUAUUAUUCACAAUUGAAGGAACGCACCAAAGAAUGUGAUAAUUUGCUCGCUGAAACGGACAUUUGUCUCGAUACGCUGGCAAAACUGACGUCAGAGUAUAAUUUUGUGUCAAAUAAAACGUCCGCCCUUCAUACCGCUAGCGAAAAGUUGCUCGAAGAUCAACACAAGCUGAACGGAUUGGCGAACGAGAUAAAGAAACGAUUGAAUUACUACACGAGAGUUGAGAAUAUUCAUCAACGCCUACAGAAUCCGACAUUUUCCGUUGCUGGAGAUACGUUUGUUGAUAUUUUGAACAGUGUUGACGAGUCGUUGGAGUACAUUAGAGUUCAUCCUAAAUUCAAAGAAAGCCUCACAUAUAAUCUAAAAUUCAAACAAUGCCUGUCCAAGGCAAUUCAAAUGAUGAAAACUUACGUUUUUCAAGCCUUAACCACAGCAACAGAGCAAGUUCUCUCCCCGAAACUCAGAUCCGAACUAGCUAUUGACGAUAAUUCGCCGGAUAUCGUUUUUGCGUUGUAUUACGGGAAAUUUCAAGCAUCUGGAAUCAAGGUGAAAAGAAUAACGGCCUUGAUUGAGGAGCGGAUCAACAGUUGCAUCGACUAUCAAGUGCUUUUGUCCGAAAUUCAUCAGUUUUAUUUGUCUCAAAGGGCGCAGAUUAUGAGUCCUGGAGUCGAUAGUGCUAUAAAAAAUUUAACUGUAAAACAUAAAGGUGAUCAUUGUGCUUUAGUUAGGUCUUCAUGUGCAUUUUUAGUUCAUGUCUGUAAUGACGAACAGCGGUUAUUCUAUCAAUUUUUCACGAUUCCAAGUGAGCAACUGGUGACAUAUUUGGAAGGAAUAUGCACGAUCCUGUAUGACACAUUGCGUCCUUGCAUCAUCCACAUAAAUCACCUCGAAACCUUGGCGGAAAUUUGCAGCAUUCUCCGCAUCGAAAUGAUCGAAGAGCACGUCCAAAAUGACCCCGAAUCUCUCGAGGCUUUCGGCAAAAUCGUCAAUCAACUGCUGCAAGAUGUGCAAGAACGUCUAGUCUUCCGUGCCCAUCUCUACCUGCAAUCCGACAUCCUAAACUACAAUCCAUCGCCCGGCGAUUUGGCAUAUCCGGAAAAACUCGAGAUGAUGGAAAGCAUUGCGCUGUCGCUGCAAGAAAACCAACUCCGACGAUCCGAUUCCCGAAGUUCGCUCGUAUCGCAAGCAUCCAUCGUUUCGCAUGACAUUGCCGAUAGUGCGAGUGUCGCUGCCGCCGAGCAACAAUAUAAAUCACGAACUGGCAACUCGCCUGCCGACCUUCACGGAAUGUGGUAUCCGCCGGUGCGACGAACUCUCGUUUGCCUGUCGCGACUUUAUCGGUGCAUUGAUCGUCCCGUGUUCCAAGGAUUGUCACAGGAAGCCUUAUCGCAUUGCAUUCACAGUGUUUCGGCGGCAGCGCAACAAAUUGCCACGAAAAAGACGCCAAUUGACGGGGAGCUGUUCGAAAUUAAGCAUUUGCUGAUUUUGAGAGAACAAAUUGCGCCGUUUCGCGUCGAUUUUACCGUCAAGGAGACGAGUUUGGAUUUUAGUAAAGUUAAAACGGCGGCAUUUGAACUGAUUCAGAAGCGUGGAAGGUUGUUCUCGAUGGGUUCAAGUAAUUCGUUGUUGGAGUUUUUGUUGGAAGGAACGCCGCAAGUGAAGGAACAGAUGGUGGAUUCGAGGAAAGAUGUCGAUCGGCAGUUGAAACAUGUUUGUGAGGUGUUCAUUAAAAAUGUCACAAAAAUGCUCGUGGGUCCUAUAAUUAAUUUUACGGAGAAUGCUCAGCAGCUUUUAAAAUCAAACACCCCGACAACUCCCAACCAACAACAACCGACAAAAGCGAAUUACGUUCUUCGUCAAACCACGUGGGCAGCCCCUCAACAAAUCAGCUCAAUCAUCCAAGAGUCACAACGAAACAUCAAAUCGAAAUUAGUUGGCAUCCAGCGUUCCAUGCAACUUUACCUUGCGAAUAAAGACACAGAAUUUAUUUUAUUUAGACCGAUUAGAAAUAACAUAAUUAACGCAUUUGUCAAAUUAGAACAACUUCUCGUCACAAAUUGCUACAACAAGGACGACUUAACGAUCUGUGGAUGUCCCUCCGCCGACCAAGUUUCAGUUUUGCUCUCGAAUGCGAGUCUCAUGGCUGACAGUCAACAACAAAUGGCACAUCGGAAAGUCAGUACUUCGAGCACGGAACCGCCUCAACGUAAAAUUUCCGUGGAAAAAAAGUCAGUUAGCUUCGAUCAGUCUUCAAUUGUUGCCGAAACACCGCACGAUCGAUCGAAUUCGAGUCAAAUUAGUGAAAGAGACGAGGUUUUCGAGGAAAAUAAAGCUGAAAACUCGCCGGAAGAGUCCGUGGUGUGAAUAAAAAAAAUUGUUAAAAAUAUUUUUAUGCUAAUAUAUUGCGAAAAAAUUAAGAAAACUA